CUCAGUGGGAAUUUCAUUACAAUAAACGUUGACGCAACAAGCUCCGUUAAAUCAAUUUUAUCGGAAAAUCAUAAAAUAUGUGGGGCGGACCUCUCCUUGUCAGUAAUGUUGUUGGUAAUUUUGUGCCAAAUUAUCCUCGUAUCUUUUAAGGAAGUACUCCUUUAUGCUAAAUGACAAUACCACUGGGAAAUGGCACCCAAGGGCACCACUGCAUUCUACUCUAUUUUUAAAACGUGAAUCCUAUGAUAACGGACCUGGAAUACUUGGAGAUCAUUGGCUUGUGCAGAAAGCGUGUUGUGUUAUUCUAAUGUGUCAUCUGACCCUGUUGUGUAUUUUUGCUUAGGUCGGCUGUAAAGGAAGAUUGCUGUCUGCACCUUCCAGUAAGAAUGGCUAGACGUGUCAGCAUGGGACUCCUGUGGUUCACCUUCACUGCCUUGAUGGUUGCCGUGUCGGCAGAUUCCUCUUCCUGGCAUGUGGUGAACACGAAGUAUGGUCCCGUCAGAGGAAGGCGAUUCCCGGCGCCGAAAUACGGGAUGAAGUCCGUAACUCGUUACCUGGGGAUCCCGUAUGCCAAACCGCCGGUUGACAGCUUACGCUUCAGGCCACCGCAGACUCCCGAACCCUGGGUAGAGAUGCGAGAGUUUGACAGACCGGGGCCAUCGUGCCCUCAGAUUGUCGCUGCAAAUAACGACACUUUAACCUUUGCUUUCGCGCAGAGGAACAUAUUACAGCCAUACAUCGUGACUAUGGAUGAGGACUGUCUAUAUCUCAAUAUCUACAGCCCUGUAAUAUCAGGGCCUCCCGAUCCAAAUGAGAGGUACCCUCUCGCAGUAAUGGUGUUCAUCCACGGCGGCGGCUACACGACCGGAACCGGAAAUGCUUACGACGGGACCGUUCUGGCCAGCCACGGCCUGGUGGUAGUGGUCACUAUCAACUACAGACUGGGGAUUUUCGGAUUUCUCAGCACUGGUGACAAAACUGCACCUGGAAAUUAUGGACUUCUCGACCAGAUAGCAGCCUUGCGCUGGAUCAACGAAAAUAUAGGAAACUUUGGCGGCGAUCCCUCCAGGGUGACUCUCUUCGGGAUCGGUGCAGGGGCAGCGUCGGUCAAUCUAUUGACAUUAUCCCCACUUGCAGCAGGUCUCUUCCGGAGAGUCAUCCUUCACAGCGGGUCUGCCCUCUCGACGUGGUCGAUGGCAAGCGAUCCCCUCAGGUUAGUCACAACCGUGGCAGAGAAAUUGGACUGCUGCCGCGUGGAUGUUGCUCAGACAGUGCAGUGUCUGCGGAACAAAUCAUACCCAAAAUUACUGCUCACAGACAUCGACUCGAGGUCGUCGCACUUCUAUACUAUCUUCGGCCCGGUUGUUGAUGGCCACGUCAUCCCAGAUGAACCGAGACGGCUACUGGAGGGGGACCUGUUCCGAAGCUACGAUUUCAUGGUUGGGAUCGCUGAAGAUGAAGGGUAUACGUACGUCGAAAAUAUGUCAGAUAUUGAAUAUGGUAUAUCCGAAAAUGGGUACAGAACUGUCGUAAAUGAUUUUGUCAACCAGUUGUUCCCGUAUCGGGAAAAUGAGAUAACGGACGCGAUACUGUUCCUGUAUACCAACUGGGGGAACAACACCAACAGAACGCGCAGGGGCGGCCUCGUGCGGCUUUUCACUGAACAGCAGGUGGCUGUGCCUUUAGUUGAAGUUGCUAAUCUACAUUCCGUUCGCAACUCGGAGAGUUCCACCUACAUGUUCGCGUUUAACUACCGGACGAACCAUAGCCCCUAUCCGAACUGGGUCGGGGCGUGCCACGGGGAGGAGCUUCCAUUGAUAUUCGGCGCGUCCAUUGCUGCUAUGGGGAUGUACGGCCAUCUGAAUUUUACCAAGGGAGAGUCCAUGUUAAGCGGUGCAGUUAUGACCUACUGGAGUAACUUUGCCAAAAGUGGUGAUCCUAACAAGCCUCAGGCCCAGAAAACCAGAUUCAUCCACCAAAGACCAAACAUAUACGAGAACAUAGAAUGGAAGAGAUACAGCAUCGAAAACUGUCCGACUUGUGCAGAGAACUAUCUCCAUCUAGGACUGAGACCUCGUCUUGCGCAGGGCUUCCGGUCUCAACGAGUCGCGUUUUGGAUAGACUUGGUGCCGAAGCUGCUCUAUCCACAAGCUGUACCGAGCAACAACUACCUUUAUCCGGAUCUAGAGACGCACGGUUUGUGUGAGACUCUCGACAUUCACCAGCCUGGAAGUGGUGUCAGCAUCGCUAAUCCAGACCAAGGAGUAAAAACAACCACUGUUAGAAAAGGAACGAAAUGUGUGACUUUACCGACUCAAGCUGCUCCAACUCUUAGUAUAGACAAUACACCCAUACCAAAUGAGGAUGACUGGCGGGAUCCACGUGAAAGCAAAAAGGAUACGGGUAACAUAUACCCACAACUCAGCAUCGUCAUAGCUAUUGGAACUGCGUUGCUCGUGGUCAACAUCACAGUCUUCAUCAUCUGUUUUAGUAGAGGGAAGGACCAAGACUCUGGGAGCCUAGAAAAUGGACAUACUAGGAAAAGAGUACGACAUUCUAUUGAUGAUGACCAUAGCUCCAUCAAAUCUAACCAACUUUCCGACCAUGACAGUAGAGAGAGAGAUAGAAUUCACAAAACAGAGAUGAUUGAACUGAAAGAGCAACGUAGCUCAAAGCAUUCCCAGUCGGAUCCCAUCGAAGGUUUGGACAGUAAAACUCUUGUACAUCUAUGACAUGUAUUACAGAUGUGUGUGAGGGUGGGCAUGUAUGAGCGAUGUGUGUGGGAGUGGGCGAUAUGAUAUACUGCUUAAUAAAAUACGAGCUAUCCAAGCGCAGAAAAC